AUGCGGUCCUACACUGGGUGCAUGACAUGCAGAGGCCGCAAGCUCAAAUGCGACGAAGCAAAACCAGUAUGCGGUCCUUGCAUCAAAGCAGACCGGAAAUGCAAGUUUGAAGAGCGAUGUAUAUUUCGAAAUCAGAAAAUCCCUUCAACCCCGCAACGUACACAGAGACGCAGAACUGGCUCGCGGAACAAUCGAGAUAUUGUAGAACAGAUUGAUGAAGACCAAACAUGGGUAGAGGUACCAACUGAAUUGACUUUUGUCCAAGUUGAUGAUCCGUGGUCUCCAGAUGGUGAGCACAUAUUGCCGAGGGAUAAUAUGGUGUCUGCCCCGGACAAGGAAAAUUAUUCAACACCACGAGAUUCUGAGCGACAAGCAGGAAAUUACACUCCUUUGACGCCAAAUGUUGAAACAGACUUGGCCUCAGCAAAACAAAGCUCUUCUUUGCAUCACGAGACAGAGCUAGAUGCAGAUUUGGAUGUUCAAGAGGAUCAGACUGGUGAAACGCCACAAAAUAAUCCGUUUCAGCUUUCCUCAGGGUGGAAUACACCAACUACAAACUUGACCGCAGGCACGCCUGCUAGUAUCGGCUUCUCAGUCCAAAGAGCUGCGAUAUCUCGGAGAACAGCUGAUCCUAAAGUCGUUGUCUCUCACAUGUUACGAAAUUUCAAGGAAGGACCAGGGCAGUGGAUGGACCUCUUCGAUACCACGGCUUACUUUUCAUCGAAAGUCCCCGUGCUGGCAGCUACAAGGCCUUUGCUCAAGUCUGCAGUUUGUGCCCUAUCUGCCAAACACUUGCAACAUGUGUAUCAUACCUCGAUCGGUAAUGACCGAAACAGAUUCCUUCAUUCUUUGGCCGACGAAGAAACAUGGCAAUAUCAAUCUGCUAGACACUAUGACCUAGCACUGGGGUUUUUGAAGAAUGCUAUCGAUCUUGGAACAUACAGCGAUAACCCUUCUGACAAGGAAGAAAUGCUCGCUGCCGUGGCUAUUCUCUGUCUUUACGAGUUGAUGGACGCCCCUGGCACCGCAUGGAAGGCUCACCUCAGCGCUCUUCCCCUCUUCAAUGACACCUCUGCCACGAUGCCGGCCCACUCCUCGGUGGUCAUUCCCAAAACAGCCAUCAAAGGACCCAUAUUUUGGAGUUUAGCGCGGCAAGAUCUACUUUGUGCCUUCAUAAGUGAAACUUAUACCCGCUUGGAUCUCAAAGACAUGCGACUUUGGCAAAACGUUGGGCUGGUAACAGAUGAACAUGGCAAUCUCAUUCCCUCCCCGGCAACUACGCCAUUGGAUUUGCAGAACUCCCUCGAAAUUGAAGAAGACAUGAAAAGCAACGAGCUCACCUGGCUUCUUGGCAAAAUUGCAAACCAUCUCACUGCUGGAGACUCUAUCAUUCCCGAGGACUUCAUACUGCCGCGUGAAGAACGUCCCUACAUCGGAGUAACACAAGAACUUCUCCAUGACCGUUGGGUAAUUCUCAUGUCUGAGCUAGACAAAUGGUACGACUGCCUCCCAUCGACGUUCACAGAAGCGGCACGCACAAAGGCCGACAGCAGCAGUGAUCCACGACAUAAACUGGCAUUGGAGACAUUUGAGCAGAUUUGCCAGGAUCUUGCUACUGGUCAACCAGCCUCAACAGUCGACGGCAAUUAG